AUAACCAUUGCUAAGCAAUCUCCCAGUAACCUCUUACUCCCAAGCAAAUGAAGAUUUAUAAUACUAGUUUGCUUCAGCUUUUUCUUGUUUAUCUUCAACUAGUUAUUUUCCUCUCCUUAAACUGGCAAUUCAUGCAAGCUCAUUCUUCAGGAAAUGAGACUGAUCAGCUUGCUUUGCUCAAAUUCAAAUCAGGGAUAGUCAGUGAUCCACAUGAAAUCUUCAACUCAUGGAAUGAUUCUCUCCCUUUUUGCCAAUGGUAUGGAAUCACUUGCAGUCGCCGCCACCAGAGAGUCACUUCAAUGGUGUUAGAAGGCCACAAUUUGAUUGGAUCCAUAUCACCAUAUAUUGGCAAUUUGAGUUUUUUAAGAGUCCUAAACCUCCGAAACAAUAGUUUCAAUGGUCAAAUUCCACAGGAAGUUGGUAAUUUGUUUCGGUUGCAAAGGUUCUAUCUCAACAACAACACACUAGAAGGAGAAAUUCCAAUCAACUUGACCCACUGUUCCCAUCUCAGGAUAAUCAACCUGGUAGUGAAUAAGCUAAGUGGGAAAAUACCUGCAGAGCUUGGUUCUUUGGCAAUGCUUCAAGUGCUUCAGAUCAGUAUAAACAAUCUGAGUGGAAAAAUUCCACCUUCCCUUGGCAACCUUUCAUCGCUUAUUAUCCUUGCUGCAGCACAGUUGCAGUUGGAGGGAAAUAUUCCAGAUGAAAUAGGCCAAUUAAAAAGCCUAGAUUUUUUCAGUGUUGCAGAAAAUAAUCUAUUUGGUAUAUUCCCUUUAUCCCUUUCCAAUAUCUCAUCUCUUAGAACAAUUGGAAUUACAAAAAACAAGUUUAGUGGUAGCCUACCAAACAACAUAGGGAUUACUCUUCCAAAUCUCCGACAGAUUGGUAUUGGAUACAAUUUGUUGUCUGGGUCAAUUCCAAAUUCCUUUUGCAAUGCAUCUCAAUUGGAAAGACUUGAUCUUUCCAAUAACAUUUUUGUAGGACAAGUCCCAAAUUGUUUGGGAAAUUUAAGAAGUCUUUGGUGGCUAAAUGUUCGCGAGAAUAAUCUAGGAUAUAAUUCCACAAGUGAUUUGGCCUUUUUAGCAUCUUUGAAAAACAGCAGUGAUCUGACAAGCUUAGAUUUCAGUUCAAACCAUUUUGGAGGUGUUUUGCCCAGCUCAAUAGCGAAUCUGACAGUUCAACUUAACCAGCUGAAUUUUGGAAAUAAUCAAAUCAGAGGAAUUAUUCCUGAAGCAUUAGAGAAUCUCAUCAACUUAAUUUCAUUGGACAUGGGGCACAAUCUUUUCGCUGGAGUCAUCCCUUCUUCUGUGGGACAACUAAGAAAACUUCAGCAGCUGAACCUAGAACAAAAUAGAUUGUCAGGUCGGAUCCCAUCCUCUAUAGGCAAUCUCACUCAAUUGUUUGUACUUUCCGUUUCACAGAACAAUCUGGAAGGGAAUAUUCCUGCAAGUAUAAGAAAUUGCCAGAAUUUGCAGUAUUUGGAUAUUUCAGGAAAUAACCUCAAUGGAUCUAUACCCAAGGAGGUUCUUCGUAUUUCUUCCUUAUCUCGAUACUUAAAUUUAUCACAGAAUUCACAAACCGGUGACCUGCCAGCAGAUGUUGGAGAGCUAACAAAUAUAAAUACCUUGGAUGUCUCAGGAAACAUGCUUUCCGGAGAAAUUCCUGGAACCAUUGGGCUUUGUUUAAGUUUGGAAUAUCUCUACAUGCAAGGAAAUUCUUUCCAAGGAAUCAUUCCUUCAUCUUUGGCUUCCUUGAAGGGACUCCAGAAAUUAGAUAUUUCACGAAAUAAUCUCACUGGAGAAAUUCCAAAAGACCUGCAAAGUUUAAGGUAUCUAUUAUAUUUAAAUCUUUCUUUUAAUGAUCUUGUUGGUGAGAUUCCAACAGAAGGAGUUUUCAGAAACGCAAGUGCAAUGUCAUUGAUGGGUAAUACUAAGCUUUGCGGUGGUGUGCCAGAACUCCAUCAACCAAAAUGCCCUACUAAAGCAAUGAAGAAAGGAAAGUCCACUGCUAUUAAGUUAGCAAUCAUAAUUCCUUGUGUGAUUUUCUUUGUCCUGUUGAUGUUGACCUUCCUAUUUGCUUAUCGAAGAAGAGUAUCAAAAAAGAGCUCGUCUGCUGCACCCAAGGAAAUUGAUGGCCUUGUAAAUGUAUCUUACCGGGAUCUUUAUGAUGCAACAAGUGGAUUCUCUGCCCAUAACUUUAUUGGAUCUGGCAGCUUUGGUUCAGUGUAUAAAGGAUUUCUCAAUCAAAUGGAAAGACCUGUGGCUAUUAAGGUCCUCAAACUUGGAACAAAUGGUGCUUCAAAAAGCUUCAUGGCAGAAUGCAAGGUGUUAAGGACAGUGAGGCAUCGGAAUCUGGUUAAGCUAUUAACAUAUUGCUCUAGCGUCGAUUACAAACAAAAUGAAUUCAAAGCUCUAGUUUAUGAAUUCAUGGGUAAAGGAAGCUUGGAGAAGCAGUUGCAUCACGAUAUCCACAGCGAUAAUCAGUCGAUAAACUUGAAUUUUCUUCAAAGACUGAACAUUGCAAUUGAUGUGGCAUCUGCAUUACAUUACAUUCACGACCUUUGCGAAAUUCCAAUCAUUCAUCGUGACAUGAAGCCUAGCAAUGUUCUUCUCGAUGAUGACAUGGUUGCACACAUAAGCGAUUUCGGUUUAGCUAAACUCUUCUUGAACACCAACGAUGCAUCUCAAACUCAAACCAGCACAAUUGGAGUAAGGGGGACCAUUGGUUACAUGCCUCCAGAGUAUGGAAUGAGUGGUACUGCAUCAAAAGAGGGCGAUGUGUAUAGUUUUGGGAUCCUUGUAUUGGAGAUGUUCUCAGGAAAAAGGCCAACAGAUAAAAUAUUUGAAGGCCAUUUAAAUUUGCACAACUUUGUGAAGGAUGCACUGCCAGAAAGACUAGCGCAGAUCACAGACCCAACCCUUAUCUCAAGUGGAAUAAAAGAAACACCAGCAACAAAUGCUGGAAAAGAUGUGCAAAUAGAAAUACGUGCAGAAGCAGAGUCAACCAAUAAUGGGAACCUGAUCCAAACAAGCAUUGCUAAUGAGAAAGGUUGCUUGCUUUCGGUAUUCAAAGUUGGAGUAGCAUGUUCAACAGAAUCACCCAAAGAUAGAAUGAAUAUGAGGGAGGUUGUUAAAGAACUGCAUUUGAUUAGAAGCACUUUCCUGGGAAUUCGAAUCUAUGGAUAAACGCAGGAGAAAAACAUUUACUGAAGAAUUCAGAAGACUAGCUCCUGCGUCUCCUUUACUAAGCCCUUGCAAAGUAAAUAAAGCUGUAUUUAUAUUUUUCUGAACAUCUCUUGUUGGCAUAAGAAAACUUCAAAGGCAUGCAGUUGCCUUUUAUUUUUACCAUAAAUCGAUUAUGUAUGGUGUAAAACUUUGGCACCUGCUUACUGUUUGUUCUAUUAUAUAUGUAUGCUUUUAUUAAUAAAUUGAUUUGCCUUAAUUAUCAACCA